CAGAAAUUCAACAUCAAGAACGGUUUUGAUCCUUUUCUAAGGAAUAUAAACAACAAAAUGUCAGUCAGAAAAAGGAAAGACCAAGAUAUGUUCAAAUGUGGAACUAUUUUAAGUGCAGAGGUGAUAGAGCAUGAAGACCAAGACCCUCCUUACCCAAUACAUUCAAAAACUUCAAGACCUGCAGAUAAAAUCAGGCCCCAUAAUCUUGAUAUCACCUCAAUAAAGACUUCAGACACCAAUAAUAAGUUAGCCAGUGAUCCUGGUAUCACCACAGUAAAGACUUCAGAUCCUAAGAAUAAAUUAGCUGGUGAUCCAAGUAUCAUCACAAUAAAAGCUUUAGACUCUAAUAAUAAUUUAGCCCAUCAUCCUGGUAUCGCCACAGUAAAGGCUUUAGAUAAUAAGAAUAAGUUAAAGGAAAGACUACCAAAUGUAUCUCUACCAAACUUUGAAGGAGAACCAUCAAUGACUGGACAAGUAAACAUCAAUAGAUGUCGCCUCUCAAAAUCAUUAAGUCUUACCUCCCACAUAGAAAAGUUAAAACAAUCAAUGGUGCUCAAGUCAAUUUUGAGUAAAAAUCUGCAAGACCUUUCUGAUAGAUUAUUUUCUACAUCAGACAUUGCUGUGGACACUGAAGCAAGAAAGAAAUGUCAUAGUUCUCCACUUCUGAGUGUUCAUGAUAAACGACCAAGUAGUUUGGAAGGCAAAGUAUUUGAAAAAAAUCAAGAUAUAAAUAGAUGGCUUUCAGAAGGAGGCAUUUUAAAUUCAAACUCUCUUUUAAGUCAAAUAAUUAAGGAUAUUACCGUAGAUUCACUUUCAGAAGGUGGAACAGGGAAUUCUCCAGAGGUGAAAGAGGAACUUGUUUCUGAAAAACAUUCAGAGGCUGGUGAGAUAGAUUUUCCAAUUAAAAAAAAGAGUAGUUUCAAAAAGAAACAUUUAAAAAGUGAAGUGUCUAGCUCUAAACCAGAUUUGAAUAGGCUUGUACAUGAUUAUGUUAUAAAGCAAAUAUUCACUGCAUCAAUCUUCUCAGAGUUGGGGAUAGGAGCGAAAGAACUGAAUGAGACACAGACAAACUCAUGGAGUCAAUUAGCCACAGCUUGGGAGAGUAUGUCUUCCAAUCGUCUUGUUCACUUUGAAGAAAACAAUAAUGAAAUAGAAUUUCUGCCAGCCAAAUCUGUUAUAAGUCAGAUAAUACAAGCAUUUCCUGUAGAUACUCUUUUAGAAUCAGGGAUAAUCAAAGUGAUAGAAUUAGAUAAGGAAUACCAAAAGAGUCUUUUGCUGGAUACAGACGUAGCUUUUGCUGAAGAAAAGCCAAAGUAUUCCACAGAGUAUUAUUCAGAAAUCAAAAGCAAAACAGAACAACCUCUUACAGAGCAGAAUAUACCCAUCAUUCACAAAGAUGCCACUUUUUCUUUUAAUAAAGUUGAAUUCAUAGACAAAGGCCAAAAUACAUCCCCACAAGAUUCAAAAUAUCAAUUAAAACCAGAUAAAAAAACAUGUGUGCCAAGUAAUGGUCAGAAGCUUGAUAGAGAAGAAAAUGAUCUAAGUUCUACUUUAGAAAAUUUAAGUAACUCAUUAAUGGAUAAACUUAAUGACUCUGAUAUAAUAAUGUUAAAAUCAUUUUUGAAAAACAUAUUUAAUGUUUUUUUCAAAUAUAGUCAGUCCAAAAACAGACAGACAGAAGAAGAAUUAGAAAGACUAAUCGAACAUCCCUUUCCAACUAAGAGAGAAGACCUUGAAGAAAUCAAAGAGAAUUUUGAUAAAGCAGACAAAUUAGACAGAAAACCUAUUUUGAGUCCAAAACUGCGUGUAUUUCUCGAAGAACUCUCGGAGUCAGAAAUAAAAAAUUUAAAAUCUGAAUUAAGUAAACAUAUCCAGCAUUACCUUGUCGAAAAGCUUUCAGAAUCAGGACAUAUCACCAAAGAGGACUUACCAAAAAUCUAUCAAAAUCUAUGUUUGAUGAAUGAGAAAGCAGAACCAAAGGGGCAAAAUGUAUUUCUGGAGAAAUAUUCAGAAACUGUAAAAGAAAUCAUGUCUUUUGUAAAUAACUUUAAUCAUUAUUUCAUAGACAAACAUUUAGAAAUAAAGCUAAAAUCUUUUUUAAAUGAAAUUCUCCAAAACUAUUUCCUAAAAAACCUUUCAGACAACAGUUUAUUUAGAGAGAGAGAAUCUGAACCUAUACAUUCAAACAUAUCUUCUCUAAGAGCUAAAAGUGCCUCAAUAUCUAUUUGCAAAUUAAGACAAGAUAUUUCAAGAGGGAGUUUUGGUAAUAGGCUUGAAAUAAACAUGAAAUAUCCUUUAAAUAAAUCUCUACAAAACUAUCUUAUAGUUUUAUCAGAAAAUGAACUCUUAGAUCUAAAACCUGAUUUAAGAAAACACCUCCAGGGCCUUUUUAUAGAAAACCUGUCAAAAUCAGGACAAAUCUCAGAAAGGCAAUUAGACGAGAUCAGCCAGCACAUAAAUACGAUUAAUUCUAGUGCCUUGCCAUUAAAAUGUAUAAAGCCAGAUUUGUCUUUAAGAGAUGAAAAUCGAUUUGUGGAGGAGUGUUCAGAAAAGCAAAAUAAAUAUUCAAAAAUUACUCAGAAAACCACUUUACAAAAGUUUCCUGAGGAUAGACUUGUAGAAAUAGAGUUGUCCAGGAAGGAAGAAAAGGAACCCAGCUCCUUACAGAGUUUUAAAGAGAGUUCACCAAUAAUGAAGGAACAGAAAAGACAUCCUACAGCAUCUAAAACACUGAGUUUAAUUAAGGUACAACCAUCCAACAAAAAUACCCAGGUGAUUCCAUUAAAUAAGUCAUCAGAAAGACUUAUGGAUAUAGUGCUUAAGAAACAAAGGAAAGAACAUGGUUUUAUGCAGCCUCCUCAAGCAGAAAAUUUUGAUUUUAAAACAGAGAUUCGAGAUCCACAUAGUUGGAGUGAUAAAUCAAAAAUAACUCAACCAAAUUCUUGCUUUGAAAAGACACUGAAAACAAAGUCCCUUGACAAAAAGGAACACAGUAACACUUAUAAAUUGAUAGUACAGGAAAAACCUGAAGCAAUACUGUCAUGGUAUCCAAGAAUUCCUAAUUGUAAGAUGUCAAAUGAAGAUGAGGAACCCAUAAACAAAUUCACUUUUCCUUCUAGACAAUAUAACACUUUAACUCGGCCUAAUUCAGAGGCUGGAGAGGAAUCAAAAUUAGAAGAACAGUAUCGUCAGAGAUUGAGAGGAAAUAAUAAUAAUAAUAAAAAACAACAUUUUUUAACAUUUUCACAUAACAGAGAGGAAAUAGAAACUCUUUAUAUAAAACCAAACGAACUUUGCUAUGAAAAAUGUGCCAAAGUCCCUGAAUUACAGUUUCUUAAAGUUUUUGUAGCUGAGAAAAACUCAAAACCAUCCCUCUUCCCAGAAGUAUUAAAAAGAGAAAAUCUAAAGCCCAAAGUCCGAAAAGAAAGAGACCAUGUCAACAAACAAAAAAAGACACUUAACAAGAUAGUUAGUACAUUACCAACCACACUGCCCACCACAAGAAUUCUAAGAAAAUCUGUUCCAAGGACAUUGCUUCAUUGGACUGCAAGAAGAACUAUACAUGAUUGUUCAGAUAGAUUUGAGGAUUUACAUGUGACUUCAUUUAAGCAUCUUGAAAAAGUGAAAUCAAGAGCAAGGCUAGGAAGGAGCCCAGAUGACAGCCAUAAUCACUUAAAAUGUACUACAAGACCAUAUACUGCUCCAGAGAUUAACAAACGAGGAGAAAGCUAUACUGGAAAAUUUACAUGUCCUCGAAUGGUUUCAGCAGGCUUAGUUCAUAUAAAUGAUCCAGUCUCAGAUUAUGAAAACCACAAAAUGCGACCAAAAAAAAAUUAAAAGAGAAUACUGGAAAAUGUUCGCUCAUUUGUGAUAUUAUCCAAAUGUUAAACAGUUCAGAAUGAUAU